AUGUUAUGUUUUAGUGAUGAGAAUGAAGAUUUUAAUAUUUCUGUUCAGUCCCAGAAAUCUUGGAUGGAAGAUGUCUUCAGUAAAAGAGAGUGUGCAAAAAUUGUACCAUGUUCCAAAGAUCGUCACAGAUGUCCUGCAGGAUGCCAAGUGUGCCAGAACUUAAUCAGAUGUUGUUGUGGACGGCUAAUUGGCGAUCAUCCUGGGAUAGAUUAUGGUUGGCCUGCCUGUCAAUCUGCAAGGGAGACAGAGAAUGAGGAAUGGUCUGUCCAAAAGGACACAAAGACAAGCCCGACAGAUGCAUUUGGUACUAUCAAUUUUCAAGACAGUGAUCACACUUACCAUGCCAAGUAUAUUAGAACUUCAUAUGAUACCAAGAUCGACCAGUUGCUGCAACUCAUGAUGAAAGAAUGGCAGAUGGAAUUGCCCAAACUGGUCAUUUCUGUUCAUGGUGGCAUCCAGAACUUCAAGCUUCCAUCUAAGCUUAAGCAGCUUUUCAGCAAAGGCUUGGUCAAAGCUGCUGAGACUACAGGAGCAUGGAUACUAACAGAAGGCAUCAACAGUGGAGUGUCUAAACAUGUGGGAGAUGCAUUAAAAACCCAUGCUUCUCAGUAUUUAAGAAAGAUCUGGGCUGUUGGAAUUCCUCCUUGGGGUAUCAUUGAGAACCAGAGGGACCUCAUUGGAAAAGAUGUAGUCUGUCUGUAUCAGACACUGAGCAAUCCUCUCAGCAAGCUGAGCACCCUCAACAGUAUGCAUUCCCAUUUCAUACUGGCUGAUGAUGGCACAGUGGGCAAAUAUGGCAAUGAGAUGAAACUCAGGAGAAAUCUAGAAAAAUACCUGUCGCUUCAGAAAAUACAUACUAGAUUGGGACAAGGAGUGCCCUUAGUUGGGCUGGUGGUGGAAGGUGGUCCAAACGAGAUCCUAACAGUGUUGGAAUAUGUGAGGGACAAACCAGCUGUCCCUGUAGUAGUAUGCGAGGGAACUGGGAGAGCUGCUGACCUUCUCGCUUUUACCCAUAAGCACACAGCAGAUAUCACGAAUUUGGGCCCUCAGUUUAAGAAAGACAUAUUAUUAAUGAUUCAGAACACCUUUAGUUUUGGGCAGAAACAAUCCCAUCACCUAUUUAAAAUUUUAAUGGAGUGUAUGGAGCACAGGGAUUCUAUAACUAUAUUUGAUGCAGAGUCAGACGAGCAUCAGGACGUUGAUUUGGCAAUCCUGACUGCGCUCUUAAAAGGGACAAAUAUGUCUGCUCCAGAUCAGCUAAAUCUGGCACUGGCUUGGAACAGACUGGACAUUACUAAGAAGCAUAUAUUGAUUUAUGGACAGCACUGGAAGGUUGGGUCCCUGGAACAAGCAAUGCUUGAUGCUUUGGUAAUGGAUCGUGUAGAAUUUGUGAAGUUGCUAAUAGAACACGGAGUGAAUCUGCACCGUUUUCUUACCAUAUUGCGACUGGAAGAACUGUAUAAUACUAAACAAGGGCCAACAAAUCUUCUUCUGCAUCAUCUUGUUUGUGAUGUGAAACAGAAUACUCUUCCAGUGGACUAUAAAAUAUCUCUGAUUGAUAUUGGGCUGGUAAUAGAAUAUUUGAUUGGUGGAGCUUAUCAGAGCAGCUAUACAAGAAAGCAUUUCAGAGUUCUAUACAAUAGUCUUUACAGGAAACACAAGAACCAGAGGGUUGUCUCCAGCUUGACUCAGAACUUCUCACUUCAUCAGAAUAAUCAGAUGGGGAGUAAAAGUGGAUUUGCUGAAAAUACCUUGCAUUCCCAGUUUAUCAGAACAGCGCAGCCAUACAAAUACAAAGAAAAGCCAACUGUUCUUCACAAAUCUAGAAAGAAGCUCAAAGAUGAAUUUACUGUCUCUGACGACCAAGAGUCAGUUGGCUUUAUUUACCCAUAUAAUGAUCUCUUGGUUUGGGCUGUAUUGAUGAAAAGGCAGAAGAUGGCUAUGUUCUUCUGGCAGCAUGGAAAGGAAGCAAUGGUGAAGGCAGUGGUGGCUUGCAAACUGUACAGAGCCAUGGCCCAUGAAGCCAAGCAAAGCAACAUGGAGGAUGAUACGUCAGAAGAGUUGAAGAAGUAUUCAAAUGAGUUUGGGCAGCUAGCUCUAGAUGUGCUGGAUAAUGCUUUUAAACAAAAUGAGCAGAUGGCCAUGAAACUGCUAACAUAUGAGCUGAAGAACUGGAGUAACUCAACAUGCCUGAAGUUGGCCGUGUCGGUGGGAUUGAGACCUUUUGUGUCUCACACAUGUACACAGAUGCUGUUGACUGAUAUGUGGAUGGGACGCUUGAAAAUGAGAAAAAACUCCUGGUUUAAGGUGAUUCUGAGCAUUCUUCUGCCUCCCACCAUCCUGAUGCUGGAAUUUAAAAACAAGGCUGAAAUGUCACAUGUGCCUCAGUCACAGGAGUUUCAUCAAUUCACAUGGUAUUAUGGGGAUCCUGGCACUUCAAGUGUUAAAGAUAACAUCUCAUUGAACAAUUAUGAUUUAGAGAAAGGAGUUGAGAAGCCAGAUGAAAGGCAGAAUUUUCCUAUCAACAAUGAACAGGGCAGCCUUCCUGGGACAAGGAAAGUCUAUGAAUUCUACAAUGCCCCAAUUGUCAAGUUCUGGUUUCACACGAUGGCCUAUUUAGCAUUUCUCAUGCUGUUCACUUACACUGUCUUGGUGAAGAUGGAACCAACACCCAGUGUGCAGGAAUGGCUUGUGAUCAUUUACAUUUUCACCACCUCCAUUGAGAAAGUCAGAGAGGUAUUUAUUUCUGAGCCAGGAAAGUUCAACCAAAAGGUGAAAGUGUGGCUUAAUGAGUACUGGAACUUCACAGAUUCUAUCGCUAUUAUCUUGUUCAUGACUGGUUUUGGAUUGCGCUGGGCUGAUCCUCCACUUCACACAGCAGGAAGGUUAAUUUACUGUCUGGAUAUAAUAUUUUGGUAUGCCCGGCUUCUCGAUUUCUUUGCUGUGAAUCAGCAUGCAGGUCCAUAUCUGACAAUGAUGGGGAAAAUGACAGCAAACAUGUUCUAUAUUGUAAUUAUGAUGGCCAUAGUAUUGUUAAGUUUUGGAGUUUCUCGAAAAGCAAUACUUUCUCCAAAUGAGCAGCCAUCAUGGACUCUCGCACGAGAUAUUGUAUUUCAGCCUUACUGGAUGAUGUUUGGUGAAGUAUAUGCAGCAGAAAUUGAUGCUUGUGAAUCAGAUCCAGACUGUCCUCCAGGUUCCUUCCUCACACCAUUCCUUCAAGCUGUCUACCUUUUUGUACAAUACAUCAUCAUGGUCAAUCUGCUGAUCGCUUUCUUCAAUAACGUUUAUUUUGAUAUGAAAUCUAUAUCGAACAAACUCUGGAAAUACAACCGUUACCGGUACAUCAUGACCUACCAUGAAAAACCAUGGCUGCCACCCCCUUUUAUCAUACUGAGUCAUAUCAGCAUCCUCAUAAAUCGCCUCUGCCAUCGCCGACUGCCAAAUGAAUUGGAUCAAGAGGAGGGGCAUGUUGAACUGAAGUUGUACCUGAGUGAUGAGGAAUUAAAAAAACUUCAUGAUUUUGAAGAGCAGUGUGUGGAAAAGUACCUACAUGAGAAGAAUGAAAGCCUGCAUUUCAGUGACAGUGAAAGGAUCCGUGUGACAACUGAAAGAGUUGAGGAGAUGUUUUCACAGCUGAAGGAGGUUCAUGAGAAAGUAUUUUACCUCAAAGAUGCUUUGCUUGCACUGGACAGCCAGCUCGGACACUUACAAGACCUCUCUGCUUUAACCGUUGAUACUCUGAAAAUCAUUUCAGCUGUGGACACUUUGCAAGUAGAGGAGGCCCUUCUUGCUGAUAAGAAGUGUCAAGCUUGUAGGAAGCUUCCCCAUAGCUGGAGUAAUUCCAUGUAUUCAAAGGCUUUGAGCGGUAUGGAAAGUGUGUGUGAUAAGAAGUACAAUUACUACAGCAUGCCACCUUCCCUUCAGAAAAGCUCAGCAAGGACCCAGUGGCCAUCAGGGGGUUGUUGUCGCCUUCUUGGUGUCCUGGACUCCAAAGAGAGCAAAUCAGUAAGUAAACAUCAGGAGGAGGAAAUUGAAAAUGACGCUCUAACUUCCGGAGUAUCUUCAGAGUGUAAAUCACCCCCCAGAUAUGGACAAUUUCUUCUGGUUCCUUCUGGUCAGCAAGGAACCUCUUUAUCUGAAGAUGCUGGCUUAAAUUCGGCUUUUUCAAGUAGUCUGCUCAGAGAAGAUGAACUGCAAGCUAAGUCCCAAACCGAGCAUGGCAGCACUCCUGCCCAGCAGAAUGUGCACAAUUUUCCCGAAAGAAAGCCACUUAUCAAUCAAAGGCAAGAACUGGAAUUUCCCUCAGCCAAGAGGGGUAGCGAGACUAUUGCUGAAUCCUAUUUGGCUCUCUAUACCCCUAGCACCGCCAGCGAAGUGUCUCUCCCUUCUCAUCAACACAACGAGGAACCAGGAGGGGGUUAUGUGAACUGGGGAUUCUUGGGAGAUGACGAAAAGGGUUAUUUUAACAAGUCAAGGCAGCAGUCAUGCGUACAUUUCACCUAUAAUAAAGACUGCAAGUGUGAUCCUCAACAUGCACAGCUAAAUGAAUCCAAAUUGCUCUCCUAUAUUUCCGACAUAUCAGGAAACAGUAGUGACAGCUCACAGUCUCAUCUCCCGUUCCAGAGCAGCAUGUCAGUCUGGAUCAGUCCACGUAUGAAAAACUGGCCUUUUGGCAAGGGAAGUGGCUUUUGGUCCCGCAAGGCAGAGAAAGUGGGAAAGACCUGCAAAAUAAAAGAGCUAUCAAAAUCUUUGGAACCACGUCAGUCAGUAUGGGCAAAGGCAAAACUUGGAAAUAAAGCACGGAAAUCUUUGAGGAAGAAACUGAAAACUCUUGAGGUGCCGGUGAUUACAGUAGAUGGUUGUCCCCAGAGCACUCAAGUUAGUUCAGAACCACUUGAAAGCAGACCUAUGGGAGACGAACAGGAACCCAGAACAAAUUGGCUAACUGUGUCUCGCUUCAGUCAGCUAAGUUUGGACUGUAUCAGUUGUAUGCACCAAAGAAUGAAAAACCAAGAAACGGCAAGACACACAGUACAGAUUUGUGACUACUUGAGGCAAUCAAAAGAGGAUUUAAAUAAUAGCACGACUUGGACUAGGAAAAAUAGGAAGAAUAAUCUGAGCAGGAGCCAUUCUCUUCUCUUCUCCAGGCUAAACAUGCCCAAAAUCUCAUCCUCCUUAAAAAACUCUCAAGACCUGCACAAUCAUUACUCAGCCGUUGAAAGGAACAAUUUAAUGAGAUUGGCUCAGACAAUACCUUUUACACCAGUGCAGCUCUUUGCUGGAGAAGAAGUGACAGUUUAUAGAUUAGAAGAGAGUUCACCUUUGAAUCUUGAUAAAAGCAUGUCUUCCUGGUCCCAGCGUGGGAUUGCUGCUAUGAUUCAGGUUUUGUCUCAGGAGGAAAUGGAUGGAGGCCUGAGGAGGGCAAUGAAAGUCAUCUGUACCUGGUCUGAGAAUGAUGUGUUGAAGUUGGGUCAAGUCUUCAUUGUAAAGUCUUUCCUUCCUGAGGUAGUUCAGGCAUGGCAAAAGAUCUUCUGUGAAGGCACAGUGCUUCAUCUCUGCCUCAGAGAAAUACAACAACAAAGAGCUGCUCAGAAGUUGAUAUAUACAUUCAAUCAAGUGAAGCCACAUACCAUUCCAUAUACCCCACGGUUCUUGGAGGUCUUCUUAAUAUAUUGCCAUUCAGCCAAUCAGUGGCUGACAAUAGAAAAGUACAUGACUGGAGAGUUCCGCAAGUACAAUAACAACAAUGGGGACGAGAUCACACCUACCAAUUUGCUGGAAGAAAUGAUGUUAGCUUUUUCUCACUGGACCUAUGAGUAUACUCGAGGAGAGCUCCUUGUACUAGAUUUGCAAGGUGUUGGAGAGAAUCUUACAGACCCAUCCGUUAUUAAACCUGAAGACAAACAAUCUAGAGGGUUGGCAUUUGGACCAGCAAACCUUGGAGAAGAAGCAAUUAAAAACUUCAUUUCAAAGCAUUGCUGCAACUCUUGUUGCAGGAAACUCAGACUUCCUGAUCUGAAAAGAAACGACUACACACCUGGGAGGUUCAGUCGAGCUUUCGAAGAGGAAACAGAAGCAAUAGCAGCAGGAGGAAAUGAAGCUGUUAACAAUGGCAAUGAUGAACCUUUGGAAUAUUGUACUCGAUUGUGAUGUAAA